AUGCGUUUUUCAUUACAGGGACUACUGACAUUCAGAGACGUGGCCAUAGAGUUCUCCCGGGAGGAGUGGGCGUGCCUGGCCCCUGCCCAGAGGGCUCUGUACAGGGACGUGAUGUUGGAGAACUACAGGAACCUGGUCUCCCUCGAUAUCUCUGCUAGAUUGCUGGUCAAGGAAUUGCCACCAAAACAAGACAUUGAUAAAGAACAAUUAUAUCAAAUGAUGGUAAUGAAGAAACAAGAAAGGCACGGAAGAAAACAUAGGAAACAUUUUCAAACUAAGACUGGAUUAAGCUUUCAGUCCCAUUUGGCAGAAAUGCAGAGAUUUCAAACUGAGGAAAAAAUGGAUGAAUGUAAGCAAGAUUUGAAGUCUAUCAGCAAUGACCCCUCAAUUUCAUCACUUCUAAGAACUCCUCCUAGUAACAAAACCAGUAUUUGUAGCAACUAUGGGGAGGUUACUAUGCAUCCUUCAUUACUUACACAACGCCAGAAAAUACACAGUAGAGAAAAACCUUACAAAUGUAAUGAGUGUGGGAAGGCUUUUAGCCAGUGCUCAAUCCUCACCAGUCAUCAGAGAAUUCAUUCUGAGCAGAGACCAUACAAAUGUAAUGAGUGUGGCAAAACCUUCACUGAUCGUUCAAACCUUACUCAACACAAGAGAAUCCACACUGGGGAGAAACCUUACAGAUGUAAUGAAUGUGGUAAGGAAUUUACCAGACGUUCAUACCUGUGGGGUCAUGAGAGAAUUCACACAGGAGAGAAACCAUAUAAAUGUAAUGACUGUGGCAGAGCCUUUAACCGGCUGUCAAACCUCAGCAGACACCAGAGAAUCCAUACCGGAGAGAAGCCAUAUAAGUGUAAUGUGUGUGGCAAGGAUUUUACCAUACGUUCACACCUUUGGGGUCAUGAGAGAAUUCACACUGGAGAGAAGCCUUUCAAGUGUAAUGACUGUGGCAAAGCUUUUACCGAGCGUUCAAACCUUACUCAACAUAAGAGAAUCCACACUGGUGAGAAACCGUACAAAUGUAAUGAAUGUGGGAAGGAUUUUCCCACACGUUCACACCUUUGGGGUCACGAGCGAAUCCAUACUGGAGAGAAGCCUUACAAAUGUAGUGACUGUGGUAAAGCCUUUACCGGGAGUUCAAAUCUUACUCAACAUAGGAGAAUCCAUACCGGAGAGAAGCCGUAUAAAUGUGAUGUAUGUGGCAAGGCCUUCAGUCAAAAUUCAAGUCUUACUGUUCAUCAGAGAAUUCAUACUGGGGAGAAACCUUACCAAUGUAAAGAAUGUGGCAAAGCCUUCAAGCAGUACUCAAGCCUCACUCGACAUCAGAAUAUACACCCUGGAGAGAAGCCACACACGUGUAAUGUGUGUGGUAAGGCUUUUAUCAAACGCUCACACCUUUGGGAUCAUGAGAGAAUGCACAGUGGAGAGAAACCAUACAAAUGUGUUGUAUGUAGCAAGGCUUUUAGGCAGCGGUCUGACCUCAGGAUUCACCAGAGAAUUCACACUGGAGAGAAACCUCACAAAUGCAGUGAGUGUGGUAAAUCGUUUGCACAGUUCUCACAGUGGACGAAGCAUCAGAUGAUUCAUUCCAGAGGGAACUGA